CAGUCAUACACACAAAUUAUUAACUUGCUAAUGCCGAAGAAGAGAUGUACAUUUCCGGCUAUGUAGCUUUGUCGCAAAGGUUCCACUUUCCGCACGUGUUCAACCAGAUAGAGAAAAUAGGUUAAGUUGCAGCCACCAUGCUGGGGACUUUAACAUCCACCAAACAAGAGGCAAGUGAGAAUUCCAUAUUGCUUGAGAUGUCUCGAGUAUCCCCUCUUCUAUUUGAAGAAACUCCUGAAUUAAUCUCAUCAGUGGCACCUGAUACAGUCGAGGGAUGCAAAAAAAAAAAGAAGAAGAAGACUAAAGUACUCUCUGAACAGGGACCAGAAGAACCGGCAAUUGAGCAUAAUCUAAAGGAUGGUCACGAGUUGACAGAACCUAAACAUAAAGAGCAAACAGUGACCGAGCUGGAAGUGGUGGAGAAAGGGAGGAAGAAACUCAAAAAAGGAAAGCAAAAGAAGCAGCAACAUGUUAUUAAAGAUGAMAUGGRGGUACCAGAUCCUGAGGAACAAACUAGUGGGAAAACAAAGAAAAAGUCAAAGAAUCUUCAAACRCAACAGGUGGGAGCGGAGGGAGUGACUGCUGAUGAGAAGAAUAUGAAUAGCCGGAAGAAAAAGAGAAAACAUAAUGACAUUGAGCCAGAACGGGGGAUAGACUGUGUCCUCUCAAAGUCUGCAGUAGAUGUUUCAGCUGUAACUGCACCAGAUGAGGCCAGAAAGAGUAAGAAGAAGCACAAGAACAGACAAACAGAACUUGAAGAGGGAGCGGAAAGCCGUCGGACAGUUUCAACAACAGCAGAGGAUCCAGAAAUCAUAGAACUGCACACUGAAACAGUCAAGAGAGGUGAAAGUAUGGUAACUGAGGCAGAGGAGAAUGUAAAAGAGAAGAGGAAACAAAAGAAGAAAAAACACAGAGAGAGUGAACUGAAUGAUUGUCCAGAUAAAGCAGACCUUCCAGGUAUAAAAGAACAAACUGAAAGAAAAUUGAAGUCAAAGAGGUSGAAAACAGAUGGAGGGUCUACAGCUGUGGAGGGCAGCGGGAGAAAGAAAAAACGCAGCAGAGAGUCAGACAAGGGAAUGGACAGUGUCCACUCUGCAGAAGGUGUUUUGGAUUUAGCUGUUCCAAAUGUCAACAGGACUCAUGAUGCUGGAACAAACGGUGAGACAGAGGGCGCCCAUUCAACCAUGGUUGAGACAGGGACCCAACACAACAAACCCAGCCUAAAGGAAGAAACUCAAAGUGUGGACGACUGGCAGGCUCUGAAUGAUCUCAAAGAUUUCAUUCCCAAUGUUGAGUCAAAGUCGGUUGCCGAGAUCCAUAAGAUGAUCAAGUAUGAUCUUGAUCGAUUCAGGGAAUUCCGAAGACAAGGCCUUUCCCUGCGAAGUGGAAGAUUCAGUACGCAGGAGAACGAACGAAUCAAGAGUAACGUCUACGACUUCCUGGCUCUCACUGGGAUUCAGAGUGGCUCUAAGCUCUUCCAUCCACAGCGCUUCAAAGAGGAAGAAGCAAAUAUCAAGCAAUUGAAGAGGCAGCACAGAUUCCAUGAAAUAAUAGGUGAAGGAAUACCCAGGCCUUGGCAUCAAGUCUAUAUACGUGGGAGGAAAAUAUUUGAUGGCAGCAACUACAAGGGCAGGUUCACCAAAGAAGAACUUCACUCUUUGAAAAAACUGCAGACGUUGCACGGCAACAAGUGGGCGGCGAUCUCGGMGUUGACUGGCCGAAGCGGAUCGUCCCUAGAGAAACGUUUCGCUCAAAUGUCUGCAAACAGAGGCGCGUGGACCGAGGAAGAACUGAAAAGACUAAUGGAAGCUGUGCGGAAGCACCUGGUGGGACAGGCAGAGCCUGGCAGUGGACCAGCCACCGUCAGGAAAGACAAACUGUACAACAACAUCCCCUGGACAGAUGUGUGCCAGGCGGUUGAAACGCGCCACUGGUCCCAGUGUCGAAUAAAAUGGUUGGCUGUUUUGAAGCACAAAAUGGCAUAUGGACAACCAGUAUUCAGUGGCGGCACAACAUCCUUACAAGGCAAAGUGGAUUUGAUCAAAGCGUUGAAUGCAAAGCAGAUAGAAGAUGCUGCAGAUAUCGACUGGGAAGAAAUUGCUUACACAAUUGGGAAUGUCACGCCGCACUACAUUCAGACACACUACUACAGGCUAAAGGUAGCCAACGUUCCGUUGUGGCAGAGCAUGUCCUUCUGUGAGAUCAUCGACUUCCUCAACAGUAGAGUUCUCCCCAAUUUUGAAGAGCAACUCCAAGUUCUGAUAAAAUCAGGAGAGAUGGUGUCAAGAAACGAUCCUCAAGAGCUCUUCCUCCUCUCUGAGAUCUUUGAUAAUGAGGACAGCACCUAAUACAGCGAGGUUCAGAACAGUUGAUGAAAACAAAGCACAUGGACCUUGCUUACGGUCCCUGUGGGGGUAACUGUAUGCCCCUCUGUCCCUAAAUUAAGGAUUCAGCUCAUUCAUUGAGGUUAAUGACGAUCAACUUAUUUGUAAUUAAAUGUUAGUUUGGUUUUCUGUAAGAUAUUACAAUGUCAUCACCAUUAAUUCACUUUGAAUUAAUGCAUUUUGUGGGGGGGGGAAAGUUAGUACUCGUGACCAGUUGUGUAAUUGUUUUGUGUUUGCAAAAUCUGACUGAGGUGACAUUUUUAUUGUCCUUUUUCUAUUUUUGAGAAUAAAUGUCUCCUGGCUUCUA